ACCGCCAAAUCCGGGAUGCAUGACACAACACGCUCCCCAAAUUCCUCCCACCAUUUAGCUCCUCCUCCACCUCGCGUUGCCAGAGACCCCGAGGCAUCUUGGUGCCUCCUGGCAUGUCCUAAAUGGCCAUCUACUUCAUGUCCCGCCCGUGCAGGUCAUAUAAGGCAUUGUGUAGCGUGCGCCAAUCAUCGGCGCCCGGCGGAGUGCUUGAUAAACUGGCGGCUCGUGCCUGAGGCCUCACUUGUGGCCCGGUGCAGGGUGUACAGGAUGGCGAUGGCAGGCAUGGCGGUUCUCCUUCUGGUGGUGGUGGUGGCGGAGGUUGGAGCUGACCCGUUCAUUCCCCCAAAGAAAGACUACUGCAGGAACAGGCUUCCUUCGCCAUGCUGUCGUGAUGGACGGGACGAUGACUGUACCGUUCCCAUCAGCGACACUGUCUGUUACUGUGACGACUUCUGCCUCGAGGAAAACGAAGACGAUAAGGAAAACAGUAACCACGAUGACUGCUGCCCUGACUUCCGCGAGGUGUGCCUGGGGCAGAUUCCAGACACCUACUUCACCGGGCGAGAGGAGGGAUCUGUGUGCAUCCACAAUGGCAAGGUGCUGGCGGCUGGGCAGCACACUUUCAACUGCAAUGAGUGCUUGUGUGAAGACGGGCAACUGACCUGCGAGGAGGACCAGUGCUUGGUGGACGAGGUGCUGAUACGCAGCGUGCAGCAAAACUCUCUCCGCCGCGGCUGGACGUCCACCAACUAUUCUAUGUUCUGGGGCAGGAAGCUCAGGGAGGGGUUGGCACUGAGGACCGGCACCUUCCUCCCUCAGACAAUGACGUACAACAUGAAACCCAACCUGCUGCGCCCUGACCUUCACCGCAUCCCUAUGGAGUUUGACGCACGAUACAAGCAGGAGUGGGAGGGACUGAUCAGCGGGGUGCGGGACCAAGGCUGGUGCGGCUGCUCCUGGGCCUUCUCCUCACUGGAUGUCGCGCAGGACAGGGAAAUGAUUCUCUCCGGCCAGUCUUCUAUUACAUUAUCGGCGCAAGAACUCCUGAGCUGCACAUUCCCGAGGGUGGACUGCAAGGGAGGAUACGUGGAGAAUGCCUGGGGGUUCUUAAGGAAGCAAGGGGUGAUGGAGGAGACGUGCUACCCAUACACGAGCGGAUUCUGCGAGAACGUGCCUUCCUGUAGCAGAGAGUCUAAUCAUUGUAAGAAGUACAAGACUCAGCCAGUUUACCGCAUUUCCAGCAAGGUGGAGAACAUCCAGUGGGAGAUCUUGACCGAGGGCCCCGUGCAGGCGCUGAUGACGGUGCAUCGUGACCUGUUUCUGUACAAGAGCGGCGUGUACAACUGCCCUCAGACUGACGCUCAGGACAUCACAGCGAUGCACUCCGUCAGGAUCGUGGGCUGGGGCGUGGAGUACUCCUCCAUGUAUGCUCCUGUCAAGUACUGGGUGGUGGCCAACUCCUGGGGCACCACCUGGGGUGAGAACGGCUUCUUCAGGAUCCAACGCGGCACAAACACAUGCGGCAUUGAGAGCUUCGUGCUGGCUGUGAGGGGCCGCAAGGACCGCAUGGUCAAGCGCAGCAUUAAGUCAUAAAGCGCAGCACCUCUGUGAUGAGAAGAGGGCGCGGCAGGCUGGCACAAUCGUCAUGGAGCCUGGAGGGAGGAUAGGUGGAUUCCUAGUAACAAUUUAUAUCGGUAGAUUUGAGUGACACACUGUACCAGAAGUUAUUUGUUUUCUCGUUUUCUCUCGGCCCAUAUUUCUCGGCCUAACUUCAUUUAUUUAUUUUUUUUUUCGUUCCUUCAACAUGAAAGUUUAUUUUAAUUUUGUCAGCGUCACUGGCUUAAUUUAAGGAGUCUCUAUGGUUUCAAUAAAACAGAACAACCUCA